AUCAAGUGUUUCCUCGGGUUUUGAAGGGAGUGUAGAUCAUUAACACAUUGAAUCAGUUGGUAAACCAAUCAGAGGACAGCACUAUUCGCACAAGUCAGAGAUGAGAUAAGAGAGAUUAGUGACCACGCAGCUAUUCACUUAACGAACAAAAUUCAAGGAAACCAUGUAUUCCGUACCAAAAUGUACCCUACUAGUCAUAGGCAGUUUCAUACUCAUGACAAGUAACAUAUAUGCUUUGAAAACUAUAAUUUUGAAACCUGUUGUCAAUGAUGGGACGGAUGUCGCUUUUAUUAUGGUCCCUGGGGCAUACGUCUCUGGGAAGCAGUACACGGACCUAGGCGUGGCUGUACAAAAGGCAUCACCUCAUAAACUUUGGGUAGGACUAACUACAGAUUACAUUGGCAACCUCGUCAAUCCAGCUCAACUAGGCAUAGCUAUAAAUGAUGCCACACAAGAGUUAAUAAAGGCUGGAAUGCCUGCAUCUGCAAAGGUGUUUCUGGCGGCACAUAGUUUGGGAGGUGUAUUUCUGGAUAUGUUUGUACCCAGUCACGUGGCAAACACUGCUGGUAUGAUCCUUUAUGGUUCCUACUUCAAGAAAGGCCAAUUGGCUUCGUUCCCAGUUCCGACCUUGACCUUAUCUGGUGACCUUGAUGGACUUGUUAGAAUUACACGGAUUGCUGCCCAAUUCAAAGAAUUGAUGAGCUAUGUUGCUCAGUAUAAUAAAGAUGGUGCUUAUCGUUUUCCAACGGUCACUCUAACUGGUGUCAACCAUGGUCAGUAUUUCACAGGGAAUAUCCCCAGCAACGUGCAGAAGUACGACAUAAAGUCGGAGGUAGACGGGCCAACUGGCCGACAAAUGAUUGCUGAGGCAACCGUUGAUUUCAUGAUCAAGACACUGGGUGUACCUCAAUCGAGAUUGUCAGAUUCAACCAACAACCUAACACAAUAUUAUCAGGAAAAUGAGAAGCGUAUGAAGCCUAUUCUUGAUGUAUUUGCGUUGGAGAAGACAGGCGGAUCAUCCAACUUCUCGAAAAAUGCCCAACGAGUCAUAUCUGGACUCCAAACAAAUAACUGGAACAAACUACUGGUAUUCAACGACGUCCAUUCUGGUAUCCAAUUCGUAAUGGACAAACCAGCCAUUAAAAUCGUGGGGAGUCAAGCCGUCCUUGCAACAUAUUCGGAUGUAGCCUACCCAGAAAAUGCAAUGGACGUCUCAACAAUAAACGAAAGUGCAACAAACAUUGCUAUCAAAAUGAAAACUUCUAAUUCCAUUCAAAAGGAACUGAAGGGAGGUCUAAGAUUUAAUACAAGUGUCAGCUGUCAAGACGUUAACAAGAUGGCGUACGACCUUGCCAAGGCCAUGUCAUCUAGUUUGGCGCUGCAAAGGUUCUCUGGGAUGAACUAUACCAUCGACUUUGCAGAGGAUAAAAAGGUUGGAUCCGGACCUGCAUUCCUAAUAGGCCACCUUGAAUUUUCCAAAAAUGGUAAAUCUAUAGUGAUUCGAUCCACCGCAUUAAAGACCAGCUUAGAUGUACCAAUCAAAAGCAUCGCAGGACAACAUUACUGUCAAGCUAUUUCUCCAGCGAGACUCUUAGAAUACAUCUAUGUUGAUGGCCUGAGGGAAAAUAAUUAGAGGCUUCACGAUGUACAUAUUGUAAAAUACAUUUACAUAUCUAAUUUAACACUGC